CUCUGUCUCUGUCUGUCUCUCUCUCCCUGUCACAUCGUAGACUCUGUGUCAGACUGUACCUGUACCUAUACUGUCACCAACCCUUUACUUUCCGACUCCUUUUCUCUCUCUCUCUCUAUCUUAAGCUUGUAAAGAUGUCUAAGAAGGAGCAGACUGUGUGCGGCGUUGAGGAGUAUUUCCAGGAUCGAGGGCCAACUGUCACAUUCAGCAACUUGCACUAUUGUGUUCACGAGAGGAGAUUCUGCUGCAAGAGAGGUCCUGAAAAAUACAUCCUCAACGAUGUGAGUGGCAUCAUGAGACCUGGGAUGAACGCUAUCAUGGGUGCCACUGGAAGUGGUAAAACAUCACUUCUGGAUGUAAUCGCAGGCAGAAAAGACCCUGCUGGACUGCAGCAAGGAAAAGUCUUGGUGGAUGGCAGAGUUGUCACGUCAGAGCUCAGGCUCAGCUCUGCCUAUGUGGUUCAGGAUGAUAUCCUGAUGGGCACUCUGAGUGUGAGGGAGAACCUUCUGUUCAGUGCCAACCUGCGUCUCAAACCUCAGCAUCACUCCUCUACAGAUAAAAAACAAAGAGUAGAUGCCAUCAUACAAGACCUGGGCCUAACCGACUGUGCAGACACUAAGAUAGGGACAGAGUUUCUGCGUGGUGUAUCUGGAGGUGAAAGAAAGAGGUGCAGCAUCGGGAUGGAGCUCAUCACCUCCCCCUCUCUGCUGUUUCUGGAUGAACCGACCACUGGACUAGAUUCUAACACAGCAAACUGUAUCAUCGGUCUACUGCACAAGUUGUCCAGAAGAGGUAAGACUGUGAUCUUCUCCAUUCACCAGCCACGCUACUCCAUCUUCAGACAGUUUGACCACCUGACUCUAAUGCACAAAGGCGAGGUGGUGUAUGCAGGAGCAGCAGACCAUGCACUGGAGUACUUCACAAACCUCGGCUACCAAAUUGAGUCUUUCAACAACCCUGCUGAUUUUUUUAUGGACAUCACUAAUGGAGAAGCAAAAUCAACAUUAGAAACACUUAGUACAGUAGAGUGUAAAAACCCACUGGCAACUAAGUACCGUCAGUCCCAACUGUGCCAGAAUGUGCUUGAGGAGUUGGACCAUGUGAACAAGAGCACUGCUGAAGGGGUAAAAGGUCAAGAUGAGGCAGCCGACUACGUUACCUCUUUCCUCUAUCAGUUGCGUGUGGUGUGUGGCAGGACGGUGCUGAACAGUCUGAGGAACCCUCAGACCUCAUAUGCCCAAUUGGCUCUCAACAUCUUUUUUGCAAUUCUGGUGGGACUCAUUUAUUACCAAAUGCCCUUAACACUGCCCGAGGCUUUACAGAACAGGAGUGGAGCGUUCUUCUUCCUUAUCAUCAACAUGGUGUUUGGGAAUCUCUCUGCUGUUGAACUCUUUAUCAAUGAAAGGGCGAUUUUCAUUCACGAGAACUCCAGUGGCUAUUACCGUACUUCUGUCUACUUCCUGUCCAAGAUCUUUGCUGAUCUCAUCCCCAACCGCAUCAUCCCCAUCUUUAUCUUUUCAGCCAUCGCCUACUAUAUGAUGGGGCUGAAGCCUGCCUUUGAGGCCUUCCUGUGCUUUGCUCUGACCAUGUCUCUGGUCAGUCUGGCAGGAGUCGGUCUGGCCUUCCUUGUCUCAGCGAGUGUAUCUUCAUUUGCCAUGGCUAACAUCCUCAUUGCUCUACCCUUCGUCUUCAUGAUGGUCUUCGGUGGUUUUCUUGUCAAUCUCAAUUCCAUGCUGACCUGGCUCUCCUGGCUGAAAUGGAUCAGUAUCUUCAGAUAUGGAUUGAAUGCUGCAUUCAUCAACGAGAUGACAGGACAGUUCUUCUACAGCAACACCACCAUUAUCCCAGGGGAGCUGUUCCUGAAAAGCCAGGACAUCGACUACUCUGUGUGGGGCUUCUGGCAGAACCAGGUGGCUCUGCUGGGAAUCAUAUUGGUCUGCAUGUUCCUGGCCUAUGUGCAGCUGCGACGAAUCAACCGCUGGAAAUAAUGCCCGCCCAUCUGCUUAUGUAUCCAUCAGCCACUGUCUCCUUUCUUAUAUUUAUUUAACAAGCUUCAGAUGGAGCUUAUGUGCAGCAGAUGAAAUACAAUGUGAUUAUUUACAUUUUUAUUUAAAAUCAAAGUAUUUGUUGAACACUACACAUGGAAUAUCUCUGUCUCUUACUGUCACUCACUCACGCUCUCACACAUAAACACACGUGUUGUAACAUUUGACUCUCAGGUGGAUAAGCUGCCACUAAGCACACUUGGUUUGUGCACGAGGCAAUGUACAGCAACAGCCAAACUAAACUGCUUACAAAGCUACUUACAGCGAGUGAGACAUUAGCUACAGGAAAGAAAAGAUGUACAGAAGCUACAUUUUACAAAUAGUCAGGUAUGACUUCUGGUCUCAUUUGCUCUCAUUUCCUUUUUGUACAACGAGAUAUUCAGCAAUCAGCUAAUCCCUGAUGCUUCCACUCUUCCUCCAGCAUUACAACAAGCCCUCGUGUUUGAUUUGGUCAUAGCAAAAAAGGUUAUCCUGAGAGAGUGGCUUUAAAGGAAAAGCUAGAUUACAUGGUUUCUUGUCUAUACCUUGAAGAAACUGGUAUACUCUGUCCACUGCCCAUCCCAAGUUUCUUAACUUCUAACUGUCUGGGGAUCCUUUAUUGAACAUAUUAGGAGGGAGAGGUGUCGACCUGGGAGCGCAUUGUAUCGAAUUGUAUUACACUGUGCUGUAUUGUGUUUUGAUCCACCGAGAUUUCCGUUUUCUGGCCUUCAUUUGGGCCUUCCUCUGGUCUUGGUUUUAUGGAGGCUGUUUCUGACCCUCAAUCUACUUGUGGUCAUUUCAUCAUACUGAUUUACCUGCACAUUAUGUGCACUUUUUCUGUGUGAUGGUAGUUAUUUUAUUCUACUCUGUCAUGUCUAUUUCUUUGUUUUGGUUAUUUGGGUUCUUAAAAAGGAACAUUUUCAUAAAUAAUAUAUAUAUAUAUUAAAUUAAUGUAAACGAAAUUGUA